CAAGACCGGUCGGGGAUGGGCGGGGCGGCCACGUCAGAGCCCGGGCACGGCUCGGGGCGGAUCAAGGGGCGGUCCCGGGGCGGUGCCGGUGGGAGCGCCGCGGCGAUGUCGGUGUCCCCGCAGCCCCCGGCGCUGGGCGCCGCCCGCGGGGCUCACGCUGCGGCGUUCGGGGCGGCGGCGCUGGCGGUCUGGGCCCCCGGGCGGGUGAACCUCAUCGGCGAGCACACCGACUACUGCGGCGGCUUCGUGCUGCCCAUGGCCCUGCAUCUGGGGACGGUGCUGGUGGGAUCCCCCACGCAGGAUGGGACCAUCUCCCUCCUCACCACCUCGCCGGAGGCGGAUGAGCCACGCAGGGUGCAGUUUGCGGCUCCCUGCCCUGGCAGCGCCUUGAGCCCCGGGCAGCCUCGCUGGGCCAACUACAUCAAGGGCGUCAUCCAGCACUACCGGGGGGGUCCUGUGCCAGGCUUCAGCGCCGUGAUAGCCAGCGACCUCCCACUGGGUGGGGGCCUCUCCAGCUCGGCCGCUCUGGAGGUGGCCACUUACACCUUCCUCCAGCAGCUCUGCCCUGAUGAUGGUGAUUUGGUGGCCAAGGCGCUGGCCUGCCAGAAAGCAGAGCACACGUUUGCUGGUGUGCCCUGCGGGAUCAUGGACCAGUUCAUAUCGGUGAUGGGCAAGGAAGGCCAUGCGCUGCUCAUCGACUGCAGGUCCCUGGAGACCGUUCCCAUCCCGCUGGCCGAUGCCAACUUGGCUGUGCUUAUCACCAACUCCAAUGUGCGGCACAUGCUGACAGGCAGUGAGUACCCGAUGCGCCGGCGGCAGUGCGAGGAGGCGGCGGCGGCACUUGGCAAGGCCAGCCUGCGAGAUGCCACCAUGGCCGAGCUGGAAGCGGCCAGGAGUCAGCUGGGCGAGGAGAAGUACCGGCGUGCCAGGCAUGUCAUUGGCGAGAUAGCUCGGACCACUCAGGCAGCACAGGCGCUGCAGGACAGGGACUACUGGGUGUUCGGGAGGCUGAUGGUGGAGAGCCACAAUUCCCUCAGGGACGACUAUGAAGUGAGCUGCCCAGAGCUGGAUGAGCUGGUGGCGGCAGCCCUGGAGGUCGAUGGGGUUUAUGGCAGCAGGAUGACUGGGGGAGGCUUUGGAGGCUGCACGGUGACGCUGCUGGAGGCGGGGGCUGCGGAGAGAGCCCAGCACCACAUCCAGGAGAAAUACAGCGGCACUGCCACCUUCUACCUCACCAAACCCUCUGGAGGGGCAAAGAUGCUGCCCCUGUAGAGGAGCGACCGCUGUGCCUGCACUGGGAUUGCCUCCCUCGGCGAGGCGGCUGCUUUCCUCGCUGCACAAGGGAAUCAGUUUGUCUGUACCAUUUGCCGAAUAAACACAAAACAUUUGCACGGUCCUUCUGGACCUACCUGUCCUGAAC